AUGAAAUUCCUUAUCACCGUAACGUGUCUGGCGUUGGCCUCCAUAGCCGUCCGCUGCGAAAGCUAUGAGGGCUACAAAACGUACGAAGUGAUUCCUGCAAGUCUCGAACAGGUCGAAUUUCUGAGUGAAUUGGAAUAUGACGAUCAAUUCGAUUUUUGGUCCGAUUUGCGAAGACCUGGUUUCGCCACCGUCAUCAUGGUCGAACCGAAAGCUCAAGACGAGUUUGAAAAACGGCUUUCAGAUUUUCAGGAGACUGGCCUCGUAUAUAAAAUCAUUGUGGAAAAUGUGGAAGACACAAUAAAGGUAGAAAAUGCACAAAACGUAGCAACAGGGGUUUUUCAAAUCGGAGGGGUUACUUUCGAGCGGUACAUGUUCCAUUAUGAGAUCAAUAACUACUUGGUAAAGCUGGCAGAACAAUAUCCGAGUAUUGUUAAUUUGGAACUGCUUGGUCACUCGUAUGAAGGACGGGAAUUGUAUCUUAUCAGGAUCUCAAGUGGCCCUGGAUGCAAACCGACAAUUUUAAUUGACGCUGGAAUCCACGCCCGAGAAUGGAUUGCUCCGCCUACGGCACUUUAUAUCAUAAACCAACUAGUGGAAAACGCAACAAAUCGCGAGCUGUAUGAGAACAUCGAUUGGGCAAUCAUACCGGUAUUGAACCCCGACGGAUAUUCAUACACACAAACAAAUGCUCGCCUUUGGAGGAAAUCGCGUUUACCUGUCCAAGGUUCGACUUGCGUCGGAACCGAUUUGAACAGAAAUUUUGAUUUCAACUGGAUGGUAAUAGGAGCAAGUGACAAUCCGUGCGCCGAGACCUACGCUGGGCCCUACGCUUUUUCAGACGUUGAAUCCAGAUUGUUAAGAGAUUACAUUUUGGAACAUAACGACACCAUCAAAUUAUACUUGACCAUUCAUAGUUUUGGUAACAUGUUAUUGUACCCUUGGGGACAUACCACUGAACUGCCAGAUGAUGCCGAGGAACUUCAGUACUUGGGCGAAAUAGUGAGUGACGCAAUCGCAGAAGUGAGAGGUUCAAGUUACGUUGUGGGUAGUACUACGAAUAUAUUAUACUAUGCCGCGGGUGUCACUCAAGAUUGGGCUAAAGGCGUCGCCGGGGUUCAACUAGGUUAUUGCAUUGAAUUGCCCAGAGGAGGCGCAUAUGGAUUUAAUCCACCCGCGGCUGAAAUUAAAGGUAUCGUCGAAGAAACAUUCGAAGGAAUAAGAGUUUUCCAUAGAUACAUCCAGGCGAACAAAACAGUUACCUGCAACUCGAAAAUGAAGUUCACAUUGUGUGCGAUAAUUCUGUCCUGCCUUAUUCUUAGUUCUCAAGGAAACGGUUACUACGAAGGCUACAAAACAUAUAAUGUGGUCCCCAAGACAUUCGAUGACGUGGAAUUCUUGCGAACUUUGGAACACGACACUCGUUUCGAUUUCUGGUCACCUUUAAAGCGAAAUCCAGGAUUUCCGACGGUUAUUAUGGCGUCUCCAGAAGUCCAAGAAAAUUUCGAGAGACAACUCACGGACUUAGCGCGUAAUGGACUGGAGUAUGACAUUAUGAUUGAAAAUGUUGAAGAUUCCGUAAGAGUUGAAAAUAUGGAAAACAUUGCACCAAGCAAUUUCCAUUUAGGAGAAGUGUCUUUUGAUAGAUACAUGUUCCAUUAUGAGAUAAACGAUUACUUGGUUAAAUUGGCUGAAGAAUACCCUAGCAUUGUACAACUGGAGCUUCUGGGCUAUUCCUACGAAGGAAGGGAAUUGUACCUGAUCAAAAUAUCAAACGGCCCUGGGUGUAAACCGACCAUUCUGGUCGACGCCGGAAUACACGCCAGAGAAUGGAUCGCUCCGCCCACAGCUUUGUACAUUAUAAAUCAAUUGGUAGAAAACGCCACUAACGCCAGAUUAUACCAAAACGUUAAUUGGGCAAUAAUACCCGUUUUGAAUCCUGAUGGAUAUUCCUUUACUCAGACCGAUCAACGCCUUUGGAGAAAAUCGCGCCUUCCAGUUGCUGGCUCCAGCUGCAUCGGAACAGAUCUGAAUAGAAAUUUCGAUGUUCACUGGAUGGAAGUUGGUGCAAGUAACAAUCCAUGCGCAGAAACCUACGCUGGACCGGCUCCAUUUUCCGAUGUAGAAACAUCAUUGUUAAGAAAUUACCUUGCAAAAAAUAACGACACCAUAAAAUUGUAUCUGACGUUCCACAGCUACGGAAACUAUAUAUUAUACCCGUGGGGGCAUACGUCCGCACUACCUCCUGAUGCAGAUGAGCUUCAAAGUUUAGGAGUAAAGGCGGGAAAUGCCAUUGCGGCAGUAAGAGGAUCCAGAUACACAGUGGGAAGUUCGACCAACGUGCUGUACGCAGCCGCAGGUGGCAGCGAUGAUUAUGCCAAAGGCGUUGCAGGAGUAGCGUUGUCGUAUUGCAUUGAGCUACCCGCAGGUGGCAUAUAUGGAUUUAAUCCGCCUGCGAGCGCAAUUAGAGGCAUCGUAGAAGAAACGUUCGAAGGAGUUAGAGUCUAUCACGAUUAUAUUGAAGCUAAUAAAACGCCCAAAUGUGCAUAAGGAAUUAAGGAAAUUUUGUUGUAUACGAAGCAAAUAAAAAACAAUUUUGUUUU